AAUAUGACAGGUACCUAGCAUCUAGCAAAACAAUGGCAGCUGCUUACCUGGACCCAAACUUGAAUCACACACCGAAUUCGAGUGCCAAGACGCACCUGGGUACCGGUGCGGAACGGUCCCCGGGCGCCAUGGAGCGAGUGCUAAAAGUCUUUCAUUAUUUUGAAAGCAACAGCGAGCCGACCACUUGGGCCAGUAUUAUCAGGCAUGGAGAUGCUACUGAUGUCAGGGGCAUCAUUCAGAAGAUAGUGGACAGUCACAAAGUGAAGCACGUGGCCUGCUACGGAUUUCGGCUCAGUCACCUCCGGUCCGAGGAGGUUCACUGGCUCCACUUGGACAUGGGCGUCUCCAGCGUGAGGGAGAAGUACGAGCUCGCGCACCCGCCGGAGGAGUGGAAAUAUGAAUUGAGAAUUCGUUACUUGCCAAAAGGAUUUCUAAACCAGUUUACUGAAGAUAAGCCAACUUUGAACUUCUUCUAUCAACAGGUGAAGAGUGAUUAUAUGUUAGAGAUCGCUGACCAAGUAGACCAGGACAUCGCUCUGAAGUUGGGCUGUCUAGAAAUACGGCGAUCGUACUGGGAGAUGCGGGGCAAUGCACUAGAGAAGAAGUCUAACUAUGAAGUAUUAGAGAAAGAUGUUGGUUUGAAGCGGUUUUUCCCCAGGAGUUUACUGGAUUCUGUCAAGGCCAAAACGCUGCGAAAGCUGAUCCAGCAGACGUUCAGACAGUUUGCCAACCUCAACCGCGAGGAGAGUAUCCUGAAGUUCUUCGAGAUCCUCUCCCCAGUGUACAGAUUCGACAAGGAGUGCUUCAAGUGCGCGCUCGGGUCAAGCUGGAUUAUUUCGGUGGAGCUGGCGAUCGGCCCCGAGGAAGGCAUCAGCUACCUCACAGACAAGGGCUGCAACCCCACACAUCUGGCCGACUUCAAUCAAGUGCAGACCAUUCAGUAUUCCAACAGCGAAGACAAGGACAGGAAGGGGAUGCUCCAGCUCAAGAUCGCGGGCGCGCCCGAGCCUCUGACAGUGACAGCACCGUCCCUGACCAUUGCCGAGAACAUGGCCGACUUGAUCGAUGGGUACUGCCGGCUGGUGAACGGAGCCUCCCAGUCCUUCAUCAUCCGACCCCAGAAAGAAGGCGAACGGGCUUUGCCAUCAAUACCAAAGCUGGCCAACAGUGAGAAGCAGGGCGUGCGGACACAUGCAGUCUCCGUGUCAGAAACGGACGACUACGCCGAGAUCAUCGAUGAAGAGGACACCUACACCAUGCCCUCAAAAAGCUAUGGAAUAGAUGAAGCCAGAGAUUAUGAGAUUCAAAGAGAAAGAAUAGAGCUCGGACGAUGUAUUGGAGAAGGCCAGUUCGGAGAUGUCCACCAAGGCAUUUACGUGAGCCCCGAGAAUCCAGCUCUGGCGGUUGCAAUUAAAACCUGUAAAAACUGUACUUCCGACAGCGUGAGAGAGAAAUUCCUGCAGGAAGCCUUAACCAUGCGCCAGUUUGACCACCCUCAUAUCGUGAAGCUGAUUGGCGUCAUCACGGAGAACCCGGUCUGGAUCAUCAUGGAGCUGUGCACUCUCGGAGAGCUGAGGUCAUUUCUGCAAGUCCGGAAGUACAGCUUGGAUCUGGCAUCCUUGAUCCUGUACGCCUACCAGCUUAGCACAGCUCUCGCGUACCUGGAGAGCAAGAGAUUUGUGCACAGGGACAUUGCUGCUCGGAAUGUUCUGGUGUCCUCAAAUGAUUGCGUGAAAUUAGGAGACUUUGGAUUAUCCCGAUACAUGGAAGACAGUACUUACUACAAAGCUUCCAAAGGAAAAUUGCCUAUUAAAUGGAUGGCUCCAGAGUCCAUCAAUUUUCGACGCUUUACCUCAGCUAGUGACGUGUGGAUGUUUGGUGUAUGUAUGUGGGAGAUACUGAUGCAUGGUGUGAAGCCUUUUCAAGGAGUGAAGAACAAUGAUGUGAUCGGGCGCAUUGAGAAUGGGGAGAGAUUGCCAAUGCCUCCAAAUUGCCCUCCCACCCUCUACAGCCUUAUGACGAAAUGCUGGGCCUAUGACCCCAGCAGGCGGCCCCGGUUCACUGAGCUCAAGGCUCAGCUCAGCACAAUCCUGGAGGAGGAGAAGGCUCAGCACGAGGAGCGCGUGAGGAUGGAGUCCAGGCGGCAGGUCACAGUGUCCUGGGACUCCGGAGGCUCCGACGAAGCUCCGCCCAAGCCCAGCAGGCCGGGUUAUCCUAGUCCGCGGUCCAGUGAAGGAUUUUAUCCCAGCCCACAGCACAUGGUGCAGACCAACCAUUACCAGGUCUCUGGCUACCCUGGCUCACACGGAAUCCCAGCCAUGGCAGGCAGCAUGUACCCGGGACAGGCAUCCCUUUUGGACCAAACAGAUUCGUGGAAUCACAGACCCCAGGAGAUGUCCAUGUGGCAGCCCAGCGUGGAGGACCCUGCGGCACUGGACCUGCGCGGGAUCGGACAGGUGUUGCCCACACACCUGAUGGAGGAGAGGCUGAUCCGGCAGCAGCAGGAGAUGGAGGAGGACCAGCGCUGGCUGGAGAAAGAGGAGAGGUUUCUGAAACCCGACGUGCGGCUCUCCCGAGGCAGCGUGGACAGGGAGGACGGGAGUCUCCAGGGCCCGACUGGAAACCAGCACAUUUACCAGCCGGUGGGGAAGCCAGAUCCUGCAGCUCCACCAAAGAAGCCACCACGCCCCGGAGCCCCCGGCCACCUGGGCAGCCUUGCCAGCCUCAGCAGCCCCGGGGACAGCUACAACGAGGGCGUCAAGCCGUGGAGGCUUCAGCCCCAGGAGAUCAGCCCCCCGCCCACGGCCAACCUGGACCGCUCCAACGACAGGGUGUACGAGCACGUGACGGGCCUGGUGAAGGCGGUCAUCGAGAUGUCCAGCAAGAUCCAGCCCGCCCCGCCCGAGGAGUACGUCCCCAUGGUGAAGGAAGUCGGCCUGGCCCUGCGGACGCUGUUGGCCACUGUGGACGAGACCAUCCCCGGCCUGCCGGCCAGCACGCACCGCGAGGUCGAGAUGGCCCAGAAGCUGCUCAACUCGGACCUGGGCGAGCUCAUCAGCAAGAUGCGGCUGGCGCAGCAGCACGUGCUCACCAGCCUGCAGCAGGAGUACAAGAAGCAGAUGCUGACGGCCGCGCACGCCCUGGCCGUGGACGCCAAGAACCUGCUGGACGUCAUCGACCAGGCCAGACUGAAGAUGCUGGGGCAGGCGAGGCCGCACUGAGCGAGCCGCUCCCGACACUCCUGUGCACCAGCAGCGGGGCCGCCGCGGGGCAGCCCGACGCCCGGCGCUUCUGACUGACAGCUGGUGGAUGAGCUCUCAGCGUUUAACCACAUUUUGAUUUGGGUUCAUUUUUUGUUGUUUCUUGAAUCAUGGUGUUCAGAAAAGUCCGGAUCCAAAAUGUGGCAUUUUUCUAAGAAUGGAACUGUCCGGGAGAAGCGUUAGGGUCGUGCGGAGACUGUGGCAGGAAAUGGCCGGACUUGCUAGAAGCGCGAGGAGGAGGGGGGCCCGGAACAGUGUGCGGACUGGGCCCCGCUGUGGGCAGACGCCCUUCGGCUGCACGUGCUGCCACCACGUCCCGGAGGGCGAGGCUGAGCGCCGUGUCUGGAUGACGUGUCGUUCUAGAAAAGCACGACAGCCCUCGCGCCUCCGGCCUCUCGCUCACGGGGCCUGGGGGACGCGGGGGGCACGGCGUGGAGCGCACGGACUCUUCACGGAACGGCGAGCCAGUUUGUAGCGAUGUUCUCAGCAGAAACGCUGUGCCAGCGCCUCCCGCCCCUUUUCUAUAAUUUAUACCGAGAGAGGAAAGCCAUGACUGCCCUGCCGCCGCCGCCGCCGCGCACUGACCUUCCUCUGUGUCUUCCCGGGCAGCAGGCCAGGGCGGGGGCCGGCGGCCGCCCGCUGCCCAGGCAGGCCCUUGGAGAACUGCGCCCUCCCUUUGGUUUGCUGGGGGAUCUAAGUUAUUCUCAGGAAGAAUAUGAUGACCUGUACAGUGACUCUGACCUAUUAAACAGGUGU